AUGAUGUUUGGUGGGAUGGAAAUCAAUGAUGAAUUAGGCAUGUUAAUUAGAAUACUAUUAUUAAUUCUUUCACAUACUCGGGGUGACCGUAAAAAAGCAAAAGAGUGGAAUGAUAAGCGUCCACCAGGUCAGAUUCACGUCCACCAACCAAUUACCGGGAAUGGAAAUAUAUGUAUUAGCAGAUCAUCAACAUCAGGUUCAACACCACAGACCAUUAAUUCAGACGAAAACGGUGGACCUGUUGUUGAUUAUACCCAAGAUAUUGAGGCCACAAUAAUUGAUGAAACACUCGAAACCUUGGCCAGAGAAACCCUCGCUAGAAAUGGAGAAUGGAUUAUUUGUUUUGGUAGGGUAAAUGUUCGUGAGUCAUUAAAAAAAUGGAAGUGCGAAAAGGAUCGUCCCCAUAAUGAAAAUAAAAGUUUCGAUCCUCCAAAACUACCUAAUAUUAAUUGUGACGAAAUCAAAGAAUUAAUCAUUAAAAUGGUCAAGGCGUCUGAUUUUCGAAAAGCAGUCCAUGAAAACUUCCUAUCAACAAGAAAUGAUGAAAGUAAAGAAUUCGCAUGGAUCAUCUUGCCAAUUCUUUUGAUCAUGGGAAUGACCUUCUUCAUCCCAAUAUGUCAGAAAGGAUGUAUCGAGAAAAUUUUUAUAACACCUGUAAUUCGAAGUUUAUUUCGAAAAAAAAAUAUGUACCUGGAUCUCCUUUUUGGUGAGAUCGAUGCUGUCUGGGCAACAAAACCUCCAAAAGUUGAGUUUGCUAUUUGCGAAGUUAGUGGACCUCCUAAUCAACGACAAAAUUCACAUUUUUUUACCGAUAAAAUAAAGAUUAGAAAAAUGGUAAAAAUAAUGUUAAACAGGAUAGUUCGAGUUUUCGGUGGAAAUAGUUCAAUUUUCAUUUUAUUGAAGCUUUACGGCUUGCAGAUUUAUG